CUGGGAGCUGGCUUUCGGGGGAGAAGACACCUGAUCUGACUUGGGACAGGGAGAAAGACAGGCUUUCAGCAGGGUCCGACGCCUGAGAACAAGGGAGGGGGCCCAGAGGUUGUCACUCAAGCCCAACCCUGGGACUCUGCAGGGGAAUCUGUGUCUAUGGCCAUAUGGGUGGGGCUGGGGGUCACGUGUCCCUGUGUGUCUAUAAAAUCCCACCCCUCUGGAAGUGGGCACUUCAGGAGAAAACCAAUUCUUCCAGGAACCCCCAUCUCUUACGCUCAGAGUCACCCUAUUGGUUGUGGAGGGCCCCACCCUAUUCCUCCAGAAGAAAGGAUGCCUCCCUCAGCUUUGUCCUUCACUCUUCUGCUUGUGGCUGUCUCCUCCAGCAUCACCGUGGCUGUCAAAAGAGCUCCUCAGACCCUUUCCAGAGGAUGGGGUGAUGACAUCACUUGGGUCCAGACCUAUGAAGAGGGGCUCUUCCAAGCUAAGAAGAGUAACAAGCCCCUGAUGGUCAUUCAUCAUUUGGAGGACUGUCAGUACUGUCAAGCCUUAAAGAAAGUCUUUGCCAAAAGCAAUGAAAUCCAGGAAAUGGCUCAAAGUAGCUUUGUCAUGCUCAAUCUCAUGCACGAAACCACUGAUAAGAAUCUGUCACCUGAUGGGCAGUAUGUGCCUCGAAUCAUGUUUGUGGAUCCCUCCUUAACAGUAAGAGCUGACAUCACUGGAAGAUAUUCUAAUAGACUCUACACAUACGAACCCCAAGAUAUGCUAGUGUUAAUAGAAAACAUGAAGAAAGCCUUACAACUCAUCCAGAAGGAGUUAUAAAUGGCAGUGGAGAAGCCACACCAAGCCCAAAGGAGUCGAAUGCACAGAAAUCAUCACAACUUUAAAGCACAUUCAUUGAUCAUUUACUUGGAGCCUCCUGGGGGGUUCCACAAUGCAAGCACACAGGAAUUGGGGUGAGGGGCCUCUUGUCUGGUCUCUAAUAUUUUAGGACUUGUUUUGAAACUAAGAGAAUGGCCACUAGAGCACACUAGUAACAGGUCUAUAGGCUGCAAUACACAAAGUAGUGCAUUCAAUUUAAUAGAACAGCAGCAAGGGAGACUAAUCAUUGGUGGUGGUGUUGCUGAUGAUGGUGGGGCCAAAGGAGACAUUAAUCCAUAAAAUGCCAGCCACCAUCCAGCCCCUAGUUGGAACCUUGGACAGCAAACACAUUUAUAACAUGGAAUUAUCUCCAUCUACAUCCCCAGUGAAGAGUAGUACAUGAGACCAGCACCAGUUGAAACUCAUUUCUGUCCUGCCACAUGAAGCCACUCACCCCAGCUCCCAAGACAUUAGAAUCACGUGCUCCUCUUUCUUCUUAUUAGUUAGUUAAUAAUAUGCUCCCUGAACUGAAUUGAAGUAACAAGAUGCAGAGCACCAAAGACCAGCUUCGAAGUCAGAAAACUUGGGGUUUGAGUCCCGACUCCCUGUGAGAUUUAGCUUGUUGUAUGAUGAUGGGCUACCUCUGGUCAGCCUUGGAUAACCAGCAGGUUAGUUCAAAGCUGACUUUUUCUGUUCAGAUUGACAUGUAUAGUUGCAGAGCAUUCAUAAUGUUGGACGGACAUGAAAUAAAUGUUUUGUAAAAUCACA